AUGAGGUUUCCAGGAGAAGUGGUCCUGAUAGAACCUACACCUGUGAUCCGGAAGGUCCAGGUGGGAAUUGUAGCAACAGAAGUUUGCUAUCAACAUAAAAUAUGCAACUGGAAGAAGAGCAUUGGGAAAUACCGUGACAACAUGGAUUUUGUUGAUUCCUGGCCUGCAGAGCAGAGGAAAGCAGAGGGCUCAGAAGGGGCUGCCUCGGAAGGUGCUGUGAUUUGGUUAGGUCACAGUCCCGUCAGGGAUCCUCCUGUCCAGCCUGGUACCUGGUGCCCACUACGGUCCAACUGGCCUGGAAUCGGCAGAACCCAGGCUGGAGGAGUGAUGCGCUGGCUGCGGGCAUGGGGCCAAAUCCUCUUGCCAGUUUUCCUCUCCCUCUUUCUCAUUCAACUGCUUAUCAGCUUCUCUGAGAAUCAUUUUUCCCACAUCUCCAGACAGAGGGGCAAGCAGAGAUCAAAGUCUUUGGAUGAUGCAUGUGCUGUAAAGAAAAAUUGUCAAUUAUGUACAGAAGAUAAGAAAUGUUUUUGGUGCAGUGAAGAAGGGGCUUGCAAAAAAAUGUGUUUUCCAUAUUUUGGGUGUCAAUUCAGUUCUAUAUAUUGGUCAAAUUGUAGAGUUGACAUGUUUGGAUUCCUGAUGCUUCUACUCAUCAUAAUAUUAAUUGCAGUACUCAUUUGGUAUUGCUGCAUCUUUCACUAUUACCUGCAGGAGUAUGUUCAUUUUCUCCUUAGCUUCCUUCAGGAUUUUAAUCAUCCUUACAGUCUCUUUGAAAAUGAUUGA